GGCGCGGUGACUGCCGGAAGCAGUUCCGCGAGGGUUGCCGGGAUCUUGAUGAUGUGGCCCCCCCUUCCCCCUCCCCGUCCCGGGAUGUCGGAAGAAACCCGAGAGAGCAAACUGGCUGCGGCCAAGAAGAAGUUGAGGGAAUAUCAGCAAAAGAACAGCCCUGGUAUUCCUGCAGGAGCGAAGAAGAAAAGGAAGAUCAAAAAUGGGAGUAGUCCAGAGACAACCACUUCUGAUGGUUGUCACUCUCCCGAGGAGAUUCAGGACAUCCUGAAGGUGCUGGUGUCCGACCUUAACCGCUCCAAUGGGGUAGCGCUCCCCCCAUUGGACAAGUGGCAGGUGAGGUAGUGCCGAGCCCCCUCUCUGGCUUGCUCUCUCCCAGCUGUGCAUGCCCCAAGGCUUCUCUGGUUUGGGGGAUACUUUGCCUCUGGCUUAUUUUAUGUUGCUGUCAUUAACCCUCAGCCUGUUCAUGUCUGCUUUUUUCACCUGCUUGGUUGAUUGGCUUGUUUUCCUUGCCCCCCAUCUUUUAUCAUCUUGAAGAAGGUGAGACACGCCUUGAAGUUUAAAGGUAAUUUGGAAGAGCUUCCAGAGCAGGUGUGUGGGAUCUGGGCUUUUCAAGCAUUGAGUAUGAAUACCCAGUGGCGUGUCAGACUCGGAGAGAUUAAAUAAAAGCAAACCUUCAGGCUUGCCCUUUGGGCACCCGUCCCCAAGUUUGUGCUCUCUUUGAAUUGGAUGACCUCAUUUUGGUUUGAGAGUAGGGGACUGUGGGGUUAAGACGAAGGGAGCGUACAUUAUAGUUACAAGGAUCGAGGUUAUUUUUUCAGAGGAAUUAACUGUAAAGCACAUGAGAUUAACCAAACAGAUGAGCAACCAGGACAUCCCGCCCCUGUUGUCUUUUAUUUUAUUUUAUUUUUUUUUAAG